AUGUCCUCUCCCCCGCCGUCCCCAAGCCGCGAGACAGCCGUGCCCAGUUCGCGAAGGAAGCGGUUUCCCUACACUCAGAUCGCCUGCGACGAGUGCCGGCGGCGCAAGGUCAAAUGCUCGGGCGAGAGGCCCUGCAGGGGCUGCCGCGAAAGCGACGCUGCGUGCCUCUUUGAGCGCCACACGCGCUUCCGUUUGAGCGGCCGACGCCCAGCGGAAGUCGUCUCCGGAGAUUCUGGCGCGUCGGCGCGGACGAGACGCACCACUGCCGCGAAACGUCCUCGAGGACAUCCAAACGAUGGCCCAGAUGCUUCGGCGAGGCCGCCCCGACCGGACAGCGCCGACUACUAUCUCGGACUCGCGGGCAAGAUUCUCGCCGCCUCUGGGCCUGGUCGGGACGACUCGCGACGCUUGCCCGGCCAAGCCGAGACGAUCGAGCUCCAACGCUUGAGAGAGAUGAUGGAGUGGCACGACGCCGGUGCCCCCGGAGUCGUGCUGUUGCGGAUACUGAGCGAGCAUCAAUGGGCAAGAGUAUUGAACGCCUACGAGGAAGAGGUUGGCCUUCAGUACCCAUUCCUCGACCUCGAAGCCCUCAAGCGAGAGAUCCAGUCGGCGCAUCAGAGCGACCCCAACGCCCGACGCGGACUGUCACAUUCAGAUCAUCAGGGGCUCGAGGGAUUAAGAGACUGCGCACAUGGCAAUGCUUUGAUGGUUGCAACCAUCGUAUUCACUCUUGCGGACCCAAACGCGGCCGGCGUCGCGGACUCGAUGGUAGAGGAGGUGCACGCAGCAGCACUAAUCCGAAGCCAGUUGAGCGGUAUAGAGCAACAUGAUCUAUCCGUGUUGAUCCUGACAAGCACAUACUUCUUCUUGAGUGAUCGCGAACUGUUGGCCUGGAGAGGGAUCGGCACGGUUAUGCGGCUUCUCCAAGAGCUGGGCCAUCACCGCUCAUGCACCUGGCCGUCUGACACUGACCCCGAGGGCCGGGCCCGAGCCGAGAGGCUGUUCUGGACGGCCUACACGCUGGACCGGAGAUUGAGCUUUGGCCUGGGCCUGCCAUUUGCGAUACAAGACACGGACGUCGAUCACGACCCAGUCCUGGCCGACGAGUCCGCCUCAUCGGCCUAUCUGAAGCACAUGGUUUUGUACUGCCGUCUCGCCUCCGACGUCAGGCGCUCGGCCCUCGAGGCAUCGUCCGCCGCGUCCGAGGCGACCCGGGCCUGUCUGGACUUUCGGACGAUGGAGUGGCGACGCAACCUGCCACGAGGGCUUCGGUUCGGGGGGCCAGGGGACAAGCUGCAUCUGGCGGCUGAGAGCCGCGGGCGUUACCGUCUUCGACUCACGCUCCAUCUACGGGCUAAUCAAAUGCGAGCCGUCAUUCACAGGACAUGGGCCGUCCGGGCUGGGGCCGCGCAUCUGGAUCUGUCCACCGCAGGCACCAUGGCCGAGGUUUCACGGGACACCAUCCAGAUAUUGGCCGGGCUGGCGGACGAGACAGACAUCUAUCACGCGCAGCACAAGACAUUCAACCACUAUCUCCAAACGGCCCUGUCGUCCCUCCUGCUGGCGCUCUGCAGCACGGAAAACGUAGAUGGCGCUUCCUGCCUGCGGGACGCGCAGGCGGGCCUUGAGCUGGUGCGACGACUGUCCACGGCAUCGCCCAUCACCCAGCGGCUGUUGGGCAGGCUGCAGCAAGCGCAGCACAUCCUCGGCCGAUUGGCAGCCCGGGAAGCUGGGUCGCCACGAUCUGCUCAUCCGAUAGACCAGCCGAUGGCGAGUCAGCAGCCCAGCGCCGGGUGCAACAGCAACGACAUCGAGGCGGUCAUCACGGCUCAGGAUUUGCCGGGGAGCAGGAGCCCGCGACCGGCGGGCACCUCAGCUCCCGGCAUGUCUUGGACAGUGGAUGAGGCCUUCGCCGUCCCGUUGACACCGCUGACAUGGAGCGGCAAGCCGUCUGCCGCCCUUGACUUGGCAAGCACAAUGUGUUCCACCAGUCCGGAUGUCCAUUCGCCCACACGGCCAAGCACCCAGCCAGCCAUGCACUGCUCAGCCAUGGAUCAGCAGCAGGCUGGGGACUGCUCAAUGUCUCUCGUCAACCUUCCAGACUUGGAAGAGCUGCUCGAGAUGUACGGAGACGGCUUUAGCUUCUAG